CCAUUAUGGACAAUCUUGCCAUCAUUUACUUGGUCACCUGACUGCUAAAGGGCGCGAAGAAACCCCAUAUAAAGGAGUCACAGACUCCGCCUAUGUGUGCACUUCUACUGAGAGGACGGCUUUAGGAUGCAGCAUCGUUUGAACGGCGAAAAAACUCCACCCGUUGCUGCAAAAAUGACACUUUCAAUAAUCAAAUGGUUGUUCACACUCGUGCUCCUUCAUUCUGGGAAUCUCAUGGAAGUCAGUGGUGACCAAUGCUGGACUCUGUGGUUUGAUCGUGACAACCCCUCUGGUAGCGGAGAUUUUGAAACUCUUCCUGAGUUGUUGAAAGAAAACCCUGAGAAGAUCUGUAAGCGUCCAAUUGAAAUUGAGGUCCAAACUGCAUCUGGAGCCAUUGUGAGUUCAACAGGCGACGUCAUUCAUGUGUAAGUACAAAUGUUGACAAA